GAACCCGAGAGUCUUAACAUCUUGAAAACGUCCCGCUGUGAUCGAUAUCAACAGUAACACAAUUAAUACAGAGAUCGUGUGAACAUGAAGUCUUUGAUGUUUGACGGGAGAGUUGUGCUCGUGACGGGAGCAGGCGGAGGUUUGGGGAGAGAAUACGCGCUGGCGUUCGGUGAGAGAGGUGCAGCUGUCAUCGUCAAUGAUCUGGGAGGAGACAUUAAAGGAGGCGGCAGGAGCUCUGCGGCCGCUGAUGGUGUGGUGGAGGAGAUCCGAGCGCGAGGAGGAAAAGCUCAGGCCAACUACGAUUCAGUGGAAGAUGGUGAGAAGCUCAUACAGGCGGCGCUGGAUGCGUUUGGGCGAAUAGAUGUUGUGAUUAACAAUGCUGGAAUUCUGCGCGACCGGUCAUUCGGCAGAACCAGUGAUCUGGAUUGGGACCUGAUUCAUCGCGUUCAUUUGAGAGGAUCUUUCCAGGUCACACGAGCUGCGUGGGAACACAUGAAGAAGCAGAAGUUCGGCAGAAUCAUCAUGACAUCAUCAGCAGCUGGUAUCUAUGGCAACUUCGGGCAGGCCAACUACAGCGCUGCUAAGCUGGGUUUGCUGGGUCUGGCCAACACGCUGGCCAUCGAGGGUCAGAAAUACAACAUCCACUGUAACACCAUCGCCCCGACCGCAGGGUCACGCCUCACACAGACCGUCAUGCCUCCAGAUCUCUUGGAGUCGUUGAAAGCUGAAUACGUGGCUCCUCUGGUCCUCUGGUUGUGUCAUGACGAGUGUCAGGAGAACGGCGGUCUUUUUGAGGUGGGGGCCGGGUGGAUCGGGAAAUUGCGGUGGGAGAGGAGUCUGGGACGUACCGUACGACAAAACAAUCACAACAUGACACCAGAGUCCGUAAGAGACGCGUGGAACCAAAUCUGUGACUUCACUGAUGCCACAAAACCCGCCAACAUUCAGGACUCACUUCAGACGCUGGUGGAAGUUCUGUCACGUGUCGACACUCAAGAUAGAAUUAAAGGCAAUCCCACGAGCUCUGCUGGCCGUAUGAACCCGUCUGACGCUGUGGGCCGAUCUCUGGCUGAGAUGACCUUCACAUACACACACAUGAACACAAUUCUGUACGCUUUGGGAGUGGGCAUGAGCACCAAAGACCCCCAUCAUCUCAAAUUCCUCUACGAGGGUCACGAGGACUUCAGCUGUUUGCCCACGUUUGGAGUGAUCCCCGCUCAGAGCUCCAUGAUGGGAUUGAGCAGCGUUCCAGGACUGGACAUCGAUCUGCCCCGGCUGCUGCAUGGAGAACAACACCUGGAGCUGUUUAAACCUCUGCCCACAUCAGGGACUCUGACGUCAAAGGCAACAGUGGCCGAUGUGUUGGAUAAAGGGUCAGGAAUGAUCGUUCUGCUGGAAGUUCACACGUACAGCGGACACGAGCUGCUCUGCUAUAAUCAGUUCUCGGUGUUUAUCGUUGGAGCCGGUGGAUUCGGAGGCAAACGCACGUCAGAAAAAGCCGUGGCUACGGUUCCUCCUCCAAACAGACCUCCAGACGCUGUGAUUGUAGACCAAACGUCCAAAGAUCAAGCGGCGCUGUACAGAUUAAGUGGAGACUGGAAUCCGCUUCACAUCGACCCCAGUUUUGCUGCCAUGGGCGGGUUUAAAUCUCCCAUUCUUCACGGCCUCUGCUCCUUUGGUUUCGCCACUCGUCACGUUCUAAAGCAGUACGCAGACAACGAUGUCUCCAGAUUCAAGUCCAUCAAGGUGCGUUUCGUGAAGCCGGUGUAUCCGGGACAAUCUCUGCAGACGGAAAUGUGGAAGGAGGAAAACAGAAUUCACAUUCAGUGUAAGGUCAAGGAAACGGGAGGCGUUGUGCUGUCUGGAGCGUACGUCGACUUACACGCAGUCUCAGACUCGAGCGUCAGCCGCGGCCCGCCGGAGACGGAUGAGCUGCAGAGCGAUCUGGUGUUUGCCGAGAUCAGACGCAGGAUCAAAGAUGUCGGUGCUGAGCUGGUGAAGAAGGUGAACGCUGUGUUUGGCUGGGAAAUCACUAAAGAUGGAAGUACAGUCAGACGGUGGACUAUUGAUCUGAAGUCAGGAGGUGGAGAUCUUCAUGGAGGAGAAUACAAAGGCAAAACAGAUGUGACCUUCACAGUGGCAGACGACGUCUUCAUGGAUGUGGUGCAGGGGAAAAUAAACCCUCAGAAGGCAUUUUUCGCUGGCAAGCUGAAGGUCAGAGGGAACAUCAUGUUGAGCCAGAAGCUGGAGGUGAUACUGAAGGACUACGCCAAACUGUGACCGUCUGCAGACACCAGAAACACUCUGCGGUUUAUUAACAGAGAAAUUAUGAUUUGAUGAAUAGAAUUCUGUUUUUAAUUCUUAUUGUUUUAUUUAGAUCUUGUUAUCGUGAAGCGAAACACUAACGGGGUGAUUCAUUAAUACUGUUUAAUAAAAGCUGCUCAUUUCUAACAAA